AUGCCAGCGGCGCCCGCGAAGACGGGGGGCCACGCGCCUCUCUUCGGCCGCCUCCUCGCCCUCGCCGCCGCCGGCGCCGCCGGCGCGAGCGCGACUGCCGGAGUCCCCAGAGCCGUCCUCGACGGGGGCGCGGGGACGAACGCGAGCCUCCGUGUCCCCGAGGAUCGGGACGCACGGUGCCUGCUGUGGCAGGGCGGCGAGCUCGGCUGCGGCGCGGUCCGGGACAGGGACGUCUGCCUGAGGACAGGAGGCGCAGACGGCCGGCCGUGGAUGCAGUGGCGGGGGCACCGCAUCUACGGGCAGCCCUGCGCGUGGUGCGGCGGCGAGAACUGCACGGCCAGCACGGGCGAGCUCUGCAUGCCCGCGGACUGGGUGAGGGGCCGGCCUCGGAUCGAAGUGGCCGGCUGCGGCCUGGCGCCCCGCGCCCGCGCGAGAGCGUCCGCGGAACGGCACGGCGGCGGCCUGCUUGCGGCUCCGCCUGCCGGACCAGCGGCGUACGGGCUCGUGCAGUUCGAGGGCCCUGGCCGCUCCGGCUUCGCUUGCGGCGCCGAGGGCGCCGCGGCAUCCGCGAAGGUUCUCCGUAAUCACCUUCUGCUCCCCUUGAGCGCCUCUGUUCCUUGA